AUGACAAACAGCACCUCGGCGAUGUCUUCAAGAAGGGAGCGGCGCCCGAAGCCGUCGCCAUCGCCGGCCUCGGCCAGCUGCCGGCCGGCCAGCCACCGAGGACAAGGCGUUAGCCCGGAACAUAUCGCGCCAUCCUGCAUCGUGCUCAAGGUCAGACCGCCUCCAUCCCUCAACCCCCAUCUCCACCACGGCCGCCACACCCACCCGGCGCUGGGCAGCACUGCCGGUAGUCCACCGCGCGCAGCCGGAGCUCCUGGUCCACGGCCGCCGCCGCCCGCCGGGGACGCCGCCCCGGCAAACCGCCCGCACCUGCCCCGGACACUAGGCAGCACCACCGGCCGUCCCCGCGCUGCCGGAGAGGCCCCUCCGCGGCACAGCCCGCCGUGCCGCCCGCGCGGCCCAGAUCGGGCCCGGGAGGCCCGCACCGCCCGCCGUCACCAACAGCAGCGCCACGACCUCGCACGGCCGCCGCGGCUCACCGCAGACAGCCGCGCCCGCCCGACCGUCGUCGUGCCCGCCGCCACGAGUCUGCACUGGAACAGCCGUCGACGCUGCCGAAACAGCCCGCGCGCCGCCGCCGCUCCAUGCCGAGCUCCCGCUGCAGACCGAGGGAACUCGCGCCCCUCCGCUGCAGGCACCUCCACUCUACGCUCGCCCCUGCCUCCACGCCUUGACGCCGAGCCGCGAGCCGGCGUCGCCCGCCGCCGCCGCUCGGGCCAGCCUCAGCCCGCGCAUCCGCCGGAUCUCGACGAAGAGAUCGGCGCGCGCGGCCCGACCACCUCAUCCACACCCCCACCCCCGGCCCGCCCUCGGUCACGCCCCCCACCCCCGCGCCGCCCGCCGUCUCCGGCCGCCACCCGCCGCCACGCCCGGCCGCCCUCGCCUCCGCCACCACCCGCCGCCACGCCCGGCCGCCCUCGCCUCCGCCACCACACGCCGACGCCCGGCCACCCUCGCCCCGCCCUCUUCCUCCGCCACCACCCGCCGAGGCCCGGCCGCCCUCGCCUCCGCCGCGUCGGCAGCCGCCCCGCCGCGCUGCAGCUGCCCCGCCCCGACCCCCUCGCCUCCGCCACCAGCCGCCGACGCCCGGCCGCUCUUCCUCCGCCACCACCCGCCGACGCCCGGCCGCCCUCGCCUCCGCCGCGUCGGCAGCAGCCCCCGCCGCGCCUGCAGCCGCCCCGCCCCGACCCCCUCGCCUCCGCCGCGCUGCAGCGCCGCCUCGCCCGGCCCCCUCGCCUCCGCUGCCCCUGCCCGCCUCGCCCGGUCCCGUAG